GCGGUCGAAUCUGAUGGGCUAUUAAACAUUUAACGGGGUCCUAUAAAGGUGACCUACCCAGACCGAUGCCAGAAGGUUCGAACAAGUCUUUCAACCAUUUCCGUCGUAGUUUCAGAUCGGAAACCCUCACGAAUUCAUAACCUACUGUUUGUAUGGAAUUGGGCGAAAUGGCUAUCAAGUUGGAUGAGUUGGUUCUCGAUCAACAUGUUUCAAACUCUUGAAACAGCCCUAUUUUAGAAGUUAAAAAAUGUCAGCAAAGUACAUCAUAGGAGGUAUUUUGGGAUCUUUUGCGGUUGCGUAUACGUGUGACUAUUUUCUUGCUGACAAGAAGAUAUUUGGUGGUACUACCCCUAAGACCGUUUCAAACAAGGAAUGGUGGGAAGAAACCGAUAAGAAGUUCCAGGCUUGGCCUCGCACUGCCGGGCCUCCUGUUGUGAUGAAUCCCAUCAGUCGCCAAAACUUCAUUGUCAAGCCCCGUUCCGAAUAGUGAAGCUUGCAUCUUUGGCAAAUCAUUCGAAUGAAUUUCUUUUCUUGUUAGGCCUUGCAAAGCCAUGCUCAUAAAUUCUACUGUAUUCCAUUAUAUGAUGCAGCCAUAUAUUGGGUUGGGAUCUUAAUAACCGUCAUCAGGGCAUUUCUUUGUCAGAAUGAUAGUUUUUGUUUAUCAUUUGGAUGUCUGAAACAUGAUUUUACAAGCUUUUUUCUUCAUAUUUGAGUGUGUGGAAUGUCUGAUGGAUUUGCUCUA